GCGACCUUUAGCAGUGCUACGGAUUAAUCAGCGGCUCAUAGACCGUGAACCGGACUGUCCACAAGUGUAGGAUUUAUUAGUCACGGAAAACACUUCGCACUGAAAACGAGUAGGGUGAAUGAUGACCAACCCUAUGUCCCGGUGUCUGGCUCACGGUUCCUAAAGAAGUCCUCUCAAGGAUGCUGCCUUCGAAGCGAAUCAAACGACAACCCCGGGCCUCGCUUCUGCCCGGGGUUCUCCUGUGUGUCAUUCUCGCCACUGUCAGUGCAAGUAUGCCAGCUAGGGAGAAGUGCCCGGACCACAUAGACUGUGCCCGCGAGGGGCGGCACUUCUGCAAACCUGGCACAUCCUACUGCGGCCCGUGUCUCAAUCCAUUGGACGAGAACGAGGAAGGAUUGUGCGUGGCAAGGAAGAGCCGCCGUCACCAUGGUAAAGUCACAUCCUUCUCUGAUCUAGAUGAAGAGAUUGACUUCCUUCACUCUGUCAUUGCCAAACAGGAAGUGUCUGAGAUCAAACAAUCAGACACCCGCUCCAAGGCAGCUAGGACUCAGACAGAGGCUCCCAGAAUGAGAGGCCAGGUCCAACCCUCGGCGGGGCAGCCCAACACCACCCAGCCCUCCAUUCAUACCCCCCAGCCUGCCACCGGGGCUCUGGGGAGGGUUGGAGCGGGAGGACCUGAUGGCCUCAUAGCCGUCCCAUACACCUCCAAGGACAGUCUCCUCGUCAUUAUGAUCUCUGUGUGUGUCAUUGUUGGCGCCGGGGGCCUGAUCUUGGCUACACUUUUCUGGGUCAGGCUGCAGAAGGAAUCCCGUCUGGCCCAGAAGAUAGAUUACCCUGCAUUUGGAAGCCAUGGGAAUGGAACAGCCAACAGGACUUCAUCGGGGGAUAAGAAGUUGGCCCAGAGUGCUCAGAUGUACCACUACCAGCAUCAGAAACAGCAGAUGCUAUCCAUGGAAAAUCAUAAAUCGGAACCGAAGGUCGCUGACUCAGAAGUCACAUCAGAUGAGGAGGAAGUGGACGGAGACUUCACUGUGUACGAGUGCCCUGGACUGGCACCGACUGGAGAGAUGGAAGUGAAAAAUCCUUUGUUUAACGACUCUACCCUACACUACCAAGGGAAUCCCAAGUGAACCCCAUAGAUUUUCAUGCCUGCACACACACACACACACACACACCAUUUCUUGUACUCUGGAAAAAGAGCACGUGAACUCUCCGAUCUCAGAACUGGAUGGGCUUUUAUAAGAGGAAAUGAAGAGGCAGGAGGUUGACAGAUGUAUGAAACUCAACAUAUAUGUCUCUAAUGGCACCCUAUAUAGUGCACUACUUUUGACCACAACCCUAUGGGUCCAGGUGCUAUUUGGGAUGUAGACAACCUUCCUGUAUCCUAGGACUUGGUCACUAGUAGGGUGUUUCUAUCAUACAAAAGUCCUAGUCCCCUGUACUUUCCAGUAAAAGACAGUGUUCCUUUUGAAUAUAAUUUGUUGUUUAAUGUCUUUGCACCUUUCCUUGGUCUUUUAAGCUUGUUUGUAAUUUAAUCUCACAACGAGAACAUUACUAUGGGAAACAAGUGUUUACAUUGCCAAAGCAAAUGAAAUGGACAACAAACAAAAGCGAAAUAAACAAGGAAAAGACAAUCAGAAAUGAACAGUAAACAUUACUCACAAAAGUUUUUAAAGAAUAUAGACAUUUCAAAUGUUAUAUUAUUGGCAC